AUGUUCCGCACAAAAGAAGAUAGGCAGCCAUCUUGGGCCCAAAGCCAGGAAAACUCCGGCGCAGACUCGGAAGAGAGCGAGCACGAGAGCACCCAUGCGUCACCCCUCACUCAAGAAGUCCUUCGGAAAAUGCUGAAAGAAACUUCGGCAGACAUCAAGGCCUAUACCACUGCAGCCCUCGAAAAACAAAUAGCAGGCCUCAAAGGUGACAUUGAGGCGCUGGCCUCACCAGCGGUGACACCGAACGCACGCUCCAAGAAAUGCAAACACAGGCGGCGGACCAUGGCAGGGACAUGGGGAUACUAA